AUGACUUCCCAACAAGUUCUCUUCUCUGAGACCAUUGCGGCAAUGAAGAAGGCACGAAAGCGCAAGGCAUAUGAUUCCGAUUCCGAUUCUGAAAUACACUACCAUGGUAAUCGGGGGCACAAAUUAAUGAAGAGGGCUAGAUUUGUCCACGAGGGACAGUUAGCACCACCCUCGGGGCCUGAAGUAUAUAAGGAGGUCGUUAACCACGCUGGCUAUCAAAGAGCGAUCAUUAGUCGAAACCCAGUUCUUAUUGACGACGAAGGUUACGAAAUCGAUAGCGAUGAUGAUCAAGAAUAUAUUCAAGACGUUGCCGACGCAGCAGCCGAGUUCAAUCCGUACGCCAACGUGCGACUCGAAAACAUCCUCGCGCCUCUCACCUCUGUUACCGAUCUUCCUACGCACCCUACCUUAUCGCGACCUUAUAGUACAAAAACACUCACAGACCUAACGAAGCAAGCCUGCAAUAUCAUGCACAAGGAGAACGCCGCGCUGUGGAGGGUUAAACACCUACAGACAAAGCUAGUGGGCGAUCAUAUCUGGGCCCCCUGCGACAUAAUGCUUGGUCCCAACGAUAUCGAACUAUAUCGUGACGACUAUAUGGAUUCCAAUAGUCAAGCACAAGGGUCUGUCAAGUCAGACACCAAUAUGCCCCCGCUAGAAGACACACGAACGAAGACCAACAAAAAUACCGCGGCCACGGGGAAUGAAGACGUUUCUGCAGGAUCCGCCAAGGCGGUAGCUAACGGGGCAAAGCCCGACGACGAUACUAUGAUGAUUGACGCUGAACCACCAACAAACGCCGAUACAAGUGCACCCGAGCCAACAACAACGCAAAUUGCUAAGGUCAAUGCUGAAGGGCAGAAGCAAAAUAUAGAGGGUGACGCUUUAGGUGGCGUAUUAAAUGAGUCGGAAGAGAAAGGGACGGGGGUAGACGCAGCCGAUACCCAGCAAAACACCGUCGCUAGUACCAAUAUGAACGGGGCCAAAGAAACGCAUUCUACAGGAUCUACAAGUGGAUUAGCGGCAGACAGCGCUGCGUCGGCCGGACAAGGACAAGUUGAUAAAGCAGCUCAUCAUAGUCAGAUCGGCGAUGAAGCUGAAAAUGAGGGUAGCCGGGCAGUGUCGGUGAUGUCGGUAUUCACGGAGGAAACACCUAUCCACCCCCUCUUCUUACAUCCUCGAUCAGCUCGGCCCGAUAGAGAUCUCGGAAUUCCAGAGGCAGAAGCAGAGGAUAUGCGGCGACUGUUGCAAUUAUAUGUGCAGAAGCAAGAGGAAGUAUGCCGCGGAGCAAAGCGGCUAUACGAAGGACUCCUUCGGGCAGACAGGAUGCGGAAGACAGUCUUACAGUGGUCUAAGUAUGAGGCUCAUGUUGGACCAAACCGUGAUAUGUCGGAUGGAGAGGAUUGGUAUGAUAAAGAGGAAUGGGGCUUAGAAGAUGACUUAAAGAAAGGUGCCGACGAAGAAGAGGACACGGCACAACCAACUAAGAAGACAAGGACUCGGAGAUGA